GGGGCGCCAGGGGGCGGGGCUUGUCGUUCUGACAACCCAAGACCUCAGUCCACACCACUGUGAGCUCCAGGAGCUCACACCACUUGGCAGGCUGCGGAGGUGGUGCUUUCCUCGGCAUGGCUCCCAAACCAAAAAAGGCUGGCAGUAAGAAAAAGAAAAUCACCAAAGCUGAACGGUUGAAGCAGCUACAAGAGGAGGAGGAGAGACGACAAAAAGAAGAAGAGGAAGCCCGUGUGAAAUAUGCAAAAGAAGAAAUGGAAAGACUUGAAAAACAACGUGUUGAGAAAGAAAAAUGGCGAAAACUUGAAGCAAAAGAUCUAGAAAGGAGAAAUGAAGAGCUUGAAGAACUUUAUUUAUUAGAGGGGUGUUUUCCUAAGGCAGAGAAAUUGAAACGAGAUGAUAGAUUGCUUUCUCAGUGGAAACACUACAUUCAAUGUGAUGGGAGCCCUGAUCCUUCAAUAUCCCAAGAAAUUAAUACUUUUAUUAGCUUGUGGAAAGAGGAAACCAAUGAGACCUUAGAGGCAGUGAUUGCGAAGAGUAAACUGGUGCUAAAUUUAAUUGGGAAAUUAAAGCUAAUUUUAUUGGAAACUCCACCAUAUGAUUUGCAAGAGAAAAAUAUAAUACAGUACCAAGGAUCAAUUCUAGAACUGCAGGAGCUCCUUCAUCUUAAAUUCAACAUGGCCACAGAACUACUUCUCAGACAAGCAAGUACUUUAGCAGACGUGGAUAGCGGAAAUAUGGAAAAAGUCAUUCGAGAUGAAAAUGUUACUCUAUAUGUAUGGGCAAACCUCAAGAAGAAUCCAAGGUACAAAAGUGUCACAUUCUCUGAGACACAAGUUGGCUUUGAAAUCCCAAGGAUAUUAGCAACAUCUGACAUUGCUCUACGACUCCUCCACACUCAUUAUGAUCAUGUCACACCCCUGGGCCCUGCUCCAGCAGCAUCGCAAGAACCCACUUCCACGGUGACUCAUUUAGUCAAAGAUGAAGCCAAGGGUAUAGAAGCAGCAGUCAGCAAAGUUCUCCAAGAAGAGAGUAAACAACAAGAAAAUGAGUCUAACUCAGUUCAUGAGGAAGAAACAAAAGUUGAGGAACCAGGGGACGCUGAAGAACAAAAGAAUUCUGUCCAAGAAGAACCCGAAGUCAAACAACAUGACCUGGAGAUGAAAUUAUUAAGUGAAACUGUUUUAGCAGCCCAGUUGUUGCUGCUAGAGAAUGCUCAAGAAAAGCCACGUUUCUUUGAAGAUGAUGAGAUUGAUUUAUGCCAAUUCACAACUCUGGGUGGAGUGUACCAUUUGGAUAUUUUGGAGCUUCCCCCACAGUAUAAAUCAAUGAAGGGCUGGAUGAUUGUGGAAAUACUCAAAGAAGGAUUACAGAAAUAUGUAUAUCCUCCAGAAACCACAGAAGACUUUGAAACAGAAAAUGCUUUCCCACCCAUAGAGGUCAUGCUUGAAGUUCAUGAGAAUGUCAUCUUUUUUGAGGAUCCUAUGGUUGCAAGGUGGGAUGCUGAAGCUAAACACUGGAAAACUGAUGGCAUCAGCAAUGUCUCUCACAAGUCAGAAGAGAGACUUAUAACCUUCAGUCUGGAAACUUUUGGCCCUGUUACCUUGAUUCAAGAUGCUCAUGUUAAUAUGCCAUACCAGUCAUGGGAGCUAAGACCACUUGAUGUGAAUAAAGUACUUUUGACGGUGACUACAGUAUUUAUGGAGAUUCAAAUACAAAUUAAGGAAAACUUCUGCAUGUUAGCUUCAAUAAAACUAAAUAACAAAAAGCAUUACUCUAUUUUGGAAGAAAAGUGGAUGACUCCUAUUUCUUUCAUUCUUGCUUUGAAAGAAGCUGGACUGAAUAUCUUCCCUACCAGACACUCUCAUUUUUAUGUUGCUACAAACUAUAAGCUUCCUUUGGUAGAAAUAAAAGCUUAUCGACAGAUGGCCCUGCUGAGUUCUGCUUUUGCAUUCGGCUGGAGCAAGUGGAAUGCAGUAUGUGAUUCUAAAAAAGUUGUAUUUCAGGUGAGGGAAUACCUUCCCAAGGAAGAACCCAUUCAGAAUCCCAAUUGGACACUUUUAAUGUUUAGCGGUGACAGGGCACAAAGUCUCAGGAUCAACGAAAACAGUGAGGCAUUCUCUGAGGCCCUUAAAGAAGAAACUGAGUUUCACUCCACUUUAUACCACAUGGUUAAGGAUUUUGCUUCUAAAGAAGCGAUGAGGUACAUUAGGUGUUCCAACUGCCAGUUUAUUGACUCUGUGUGCCAUAUGCUUCUCUCUACUAGAUUACUCAGCUAUUCCUAAUCUCCACUGGUAAAUUUUAUUCAGUAGGAACAAUCCAGCACCUUGGAGGAAAAAAAUCAGGUAUUUCUUCAACAAAGUGUCAUGAGUGAAUAUCUUUCAAGUAGAGCACUUAAAUGAUAUAUAAUCGGCAUUUAAUACUCAAAAUGUAUUGUUUAAAGUCUUUUUCCUCCUUAUACCCAGCCUACUAUGACAUCCAACGUUCACUGUACAAAAAUUUGAAUCGUUCUUUAUUUCAAUAAAUUUUAACAAACAAUAACAGCGCCUCCUCAAAAAGCCCAUUAAAAAAUCUUAUAGGCAGGCUUCCUCCCCAUUGUAUUUUAGUUUGGAAGGUCAUCACAAAAAGGGGGACUAUAAAAUAUCUUACAAAUCAUUCUAAGAACCUGUGGUUCCAUGCUCUAAUCUCCCAGCUAAAAGUUACUAGUUUACAAAGUUCAGAUACUGAAACUUUAAAAAUCAAGAUACACACGUUAGGAUGUCACACUGGCGGAGGCCCAUUGUGUCGGAGUCUGGCAAAUGGCCACAAGAUACGUUCCAGAGUCAUCCAGGAGUCCCCAUCCUGUGUGGGAGCAGCAUCCACGGACUUUUGGAAAAAUCGGCCUGUGAAGAAGCUCAUCAGUGCUGCAAACAGUACAAUGAAAGCCACAGAAAGCCAGAGGGCCUUAUUGGCCUCCCUGAUGAAAGUCGUGAGAUUGGUGGCCCAGGAAGCUAUUGUGUGGUACCUACAAGGAAAAUGCAAAAGCAGAAUUCGGUAAGCACAAUGAUCUGCUAUUAGAAACAACACUACUUUUACCAGCAAUCAUCAGGUUACCCAUCUGCCCCACAUAAUCCCACCCACACGACCUCAUAACCAGCAGCCUUAUGUGAUCUAUCCUCUUGGCUUUGGUCACAAGCUACCUACCCUCCCCACCCCAUAAUUUUUAGAAUUAAAGAAAUGAUUUGCUGGUUAAGAAUCUGAAAAUUAUGGGAUUUACAUAUAAUUUAACUUCUAACAAGCGUAUUUGAGUAUUAAUGUCAUUCUUUCCAUCAGGUAAGGCCUCUUACCUUCUCAUGGUGGAAACAGUGUUACUGGGUAGAGCAGGAUGUAUGUGUAUGUACGUAUUUAUGUGCAUAGAAACAUGCCACUUAUUUCCCACCACAACCCGGACUUUUACUGUACUGAAAUUCAAACUCUUUCUUUUAGAAACACCCACCAAAAAAGCUUAUUACAGCAUCAUUAUAAGCCUUUGAAAAUAGUUAACUCUGUGUUAGACCCUGUUCUAAGGAUUUUACAUGUGCUCAUUCAUCUAGUCAUGAGAGUGAAACAAUGGCACAGGGAGUAUUAUCAUCCAUAUUUUAUAAAUGAAGAAGUUGGUGCUCAUCUUAGAGCUCAUGUCAUGGCUCAGCUGUAACAAACCCAACUAGUACCCAUGAGGAUUCAAAUUCGAUCCCUGGCCUUACUCAGUGGGUUAAAGAUCCGGCAUAGCCACAAGCUGUGGUAUAGAUAUGUGGCUUGGAUCUGGCGUUGUGAUGGCUGUGGAGUAGGCCUCCCAUUCGACCCCCAGCCUGGGAACUUGCAUGUGCCAUGGCUGCGACCCUAAAGAGAAAGAGAAAAUGGAUGAACUUGCCCAGGUCACAGAGCUGGUUAGAGAGCUAGAAUUGAGCCUGGGCCAUCUGGCUCCAAGACCACGUUCUUAACACUGUGAACUUUCUUGCCUCUUGUAGCUCAUAGGUUCGGGGAUAAUUCUUGAAGACCACAUGGAGUUUGUCAUUCACCUGAAAUUUAACAAUUUAAAAGGUCUUUUAGGAGUUCCCUGGUGGCCUAGCAGUUAAAGAUCUGGUGUCAUCACUGCUGUGGCUCUAAGUCGAUCCCUUCCCCAGGAAUUUUCAUAUGCCAUGAGUGCAGCCAAAAACAAAACAGGAUAAAAUAAAAAUAAAUAAAUAGGAGCUCCUGCUGUGGUCCAAAGGGAUCGGAGGCAUCUCUGGAGCACUGGGACAGAGGCUCAGUGGUAGAGUGGGUUAAGGAUCUGUGUUGCCGCAGCUUAGAUCUGAUCCCUGGGAACUCCACAUGUCACGAGGUGGCCAAAAAAUAAAAAUAAAUCAAUAAAUAAUGAAGUGUUUUUUUAGUAAUGUGAUUAAGACAGAUACUGCUAACCCUGCCUUUCUUUUCCCCUUUCUACCAAAAUGGUAUCUUUUAGCAAGUAGACAACUCACAUUGAAGAGACGUCCCAUUUUGAUGGAUUGUUUUUCUUUUCAGAAAGACUUGGCUUUCUUGUCCUUUCGACUAUUUCUUCUUCAGGUGGUCCCAAGUCAUCUUUAGUUCUGUAAAUAAGUAUUGUUUUUAAAUAUUAAACUAUGGAUAAUAUGCUAUAAUUACUUAUAAAAUAUUGCUAAAUUUUACUAUAUUACUAAGGAGGUACACAUAUUUCUUUUGCUUUAGGAAGUUUUGAUAAAUAUCCAAUCACUGUGAUUUCUUUCUCUGCAUGUGUGGGUAACUGUGCUUUAAAAAUUAAAUGUUGAUGCCAUA